AUGUAUGCCGUUAUGAAAUGUCUUUGUAAAGGUAUCCCACCUGAUUCCGUUGAUGACUAUAUCCGUAUGGCUGCUUCUACUAUUUACUACUAUAUUAAGAAGUUUUGUGAUGCAAUUAUGUUUGGGUUUAAUGCGGAAUACAUGAGACGUCCCACUGUGAAUGAUACCAAGUGGAUGAUGAAGGAGAAAUGCUUGGUAACCUCGACUGUAUGCAUUGGGGUUGGAGGGUGGUUUUGGCAUGGUUAUUUUGGAGUGGGUGGAUCAAACAAUGAUCUUAAUGUUUUGAAGUCCUCUAAUUUGUUUGAUGACAAUCUCAAUGGUGUUGCACCACUUUGUCAUUUUACUAUCAAUGGGAACCAGUACACACAUGGUUAUUAUUUAGUGGAUGGAAUUUAUAAGAGUUACUUUGUGUUAUUCCAAGCAUACGGUGCACCUAGUGGUAUUCAAAUUCUCAAGUUAUUUAACAAAUAUCAAAUGGAUAAGAGGAAAGAUGUGGAACGGGAUUUUGGUACACUGCAAAGUAAAUUUAGGAUCCUUUACUACAAACGUAACUACUGGGAAAAGCAAGAUAUGAAAUCGAUCAUGAGAACCUGCUUGAUAUUGCAUAAUAUCAUUGUAGAGGAUGAACAUCGUGACCCUUUGUGGAAAUAUGUUCCAGACCCACCUCAUGCACCUAUAGUUGGAACAUUGAGGCAGACGAGCGAGGCAUUACAAAACCCAGUUCUUCAGGAGAGACUCCGUACGGAUCUUGCAGCUCAUAUAUGGGAACGACACGGUCAAGGUAUAAGUGAUGGUGACAUACCUGGAGAUACGAUAGACAACGAGUUGGAUUCGGGAGAAGACACAGACGAGGUUGAUGUUGAUCAAGACCAUUACGACCCGGGACAAGUUUUUUUGGCAUCCGAUUCAGAUUGA